AAAUCAUACAAAAUUGGACAAACCCUCUGUGACUUUGUACGACAGCAAGAGGUCGUACCCCCAAACAGUGCUCGGAAGGGAAGCUCCAUCAGCGAAGAUGGUACUUCCUCCUGCACCACGCAACCUCAAAGGAAUACCUCUGUUUCUAGCGAGGAGCAACCCGUGCAAGGAACUAAGUCGGGACACCGUUCGUUUAAUAAGUCUGCCUCCUCAAGGCAAAUUAAGAACCCGACUAUAAAACUAAAAGACACAAUAAAUAGUAGAAAAUCCCAUCGAAGGCAAGAGGCACAGGCACUGGCACUGGCACCAUCACCGGCACUUUCUGCACCCACAAGCAACAACUUAUCUUCGUUGGAGGCAUCAACAUCAUCAUCACAUACUGAGCAAUCAUCACCUUCCUCUUGGCCACGGCUUCAUGCACCAGCUUCCAAGAGCAGAAACAAUAUUCUAGUGCGAUUUCUGCGACACUUUUCAAGUAAUAGCAGCACCACCACCACAACGAGCAAAACGGAGAAUAAUAUAAGCGAAAACGAACCGACCACACCUAACGAGAAUAUCAAUAAUAACGGCGAGCUGGAAAAAGCUCUGGUCACAGCUACAGCAGAGGUCGGAGGUCAACACAAUGAAGAGAAAAUGGAUGGGGGAAAAAGUGAAACCCCAGACAAGAAAAGCCACCAACCAAAAAAGGGCGGUGGCAUAGUGUCGAAAAGCAGCAGCAGGAGCAACCUGGGCAAGGAUAAAUCACCGAAAGUGGCAUCUGAAAUCAAAACUGGAAAAAUGGAGGCCCGAAAGUCCUCCUCUGACACGGUGAUAGAGCCAUCGGCGUUGAUCAAGCAACACUCGGCGCCCCAGUCGUCGACGCCAACGACUCUAACGGCCAACUUUGUGCAGAAUAUGCGAUUUGUGCGCAAGAAUGUUGAACAAUCGACCAGAAAUGCCAAUCCGAUGCAGUUUGUGGAACUGGAAACGGAAUUUCCACGCGACUACGAUGACAACAUUGAGAUGCUGUCACGCGAGGCCGAACAUUUGGAGGAGCAAUUUCGAACGCCAACGCGAUCGAAUGCCCCAGAUGCGUCCGCUCACCAAGUGGCUGGUAUUAUUGAGAACAUUAUUACCGAAGCGUCACGAAGUCUUGUUGUUGAAGAAAAGAAGACUGAAGACGAUGAUGUGCCAUCAAAAUCCACCAAUAAACAGUCUGGUGGGGUGAAGCGUGUUGGCUUUCAGGUUGAGGAGAAAGACGAUGCCGAGACUAUUCACAAAGAGAAGAAGCCAAAGAGCAUUGACGAUGUGGGUGCCAAGGAGUCGUCGGACAACACCGAGGUAAGUUCUGAGGGCUCUGGUUUAACUGGAACCUCGGCGGACACAUCGGCAUCGCUUCUGCCCUCGACAGCGACGGUCUCGACCACAUCGUCCGGCACAUCGAUAACAAAGAGUAAAAGUGAUGAGGAUGAUGAUCCUGUGGCCAUGUCCCCAUGCGGACGCUUUUUCAAAUACGACAAAGAGGUCGGUCGUGGCUCAUUUAAAACCGUUUAUCGUGGCCUCGACACAUUGACUGGUGUGCCGGUGGCCUGGUGCGAAUUGCUGGAUAAGCAAGUGAAGAAAAGCGAACGCACCAGAUUCCGCGAGGAGGCAGACAUGUUGAAGAAGCUUCAGCAUCCAAACAUUGUACGAUUCUAUACAUAUUGGGAGUUUCCGAUCGGCCGUAAAAAGAAUAUUGUACUAGUCACAGAGCUGAUGUUGUCCGGGACAUUGAAAUCCUAUUUGAAGCGUUUCAAAAAGAUACACCCAAAGGUAUUGAAGUCAUGGUGUCGCCAGAUCCUGAAGGGACUCAACUUUCUGCAUACUCGUCAAUUUCCUAUAAUUCAUCGUGAUUUGAAAUGUGAUAAUAUAUUUAUAACCGGCACCACGGGUAGCGUUAAGAUCGGUGACUUGGGUCUGGCCACGCUUAAGAAUCGUUCGCAUGCCAAAUCUGUGAUCGGCACACCCGAGUUUAUGGCCCCCGAAAUGUACGAAGAGCACUAUGAUGAGUCGGUGGAUGUCUAUGCCUUUGGCAUGUGCAUGUUGGAGAUGGCAAUAUCGGAAUAUCCGUACAGCGAAUGCAAGGGACCGGCCCAGAUCUACAAGAAGGUCAUCUCCGGCAUAAAGCCAGCCGCUCUGGCCAAAGUGGAGGAUCCCAAUGUGAGGGACAUCAUCGAGCGAUGCAUUGAGCUGAAGAAAGAAGAUCGCCCCAGCUGCAAUGAGCUUCUGGAGUCGGAGUUCUUUGACGAGGACAUUGGCAUUCGUGUGGAGCCAACGGCCUCCGAGCAGUUCCUCUCCGAUCCCAGCAUUUGCAUCAUUGAGUUCCGACUGCGAUUCCUGGACCCAAAGAAACGCUCAUCCCGACACAAGGAGAACGAGGCGAUUCAGUUUGAAUAUAAUAUAACCAGCGACGACUACGAGAAGAUUGCUCAGGAAAUGAUGAAGGAGAACAUUAUCUCAGAGGACGAUUCGCGCGCCGUUGCACGCCUUCUGAAGGUUCAGGUUGUGUCGCUACUCAAGGAACGUGCCCAGCGUCAGACGCAAAUCAAGCUGCAGAACGAGAAGUCACGUUUGGAGAAAUUAGCACUGCAAAAGCAGCGCGAGAGUCUCCCCACCAAUGUCGAUGAGGAUGAGGAGGAUGAAGAGGACUCUGAGGAUGAGGAGGAUGGUGUCAAAUGGAAUCAACGGCUGCAACUGAAGUACGAUCUGCUAAACACCGACUCGGAAACCAGCCUGGCCAUGUCCACGAACAGUGUUGAUCCACAGAAUAUUCCAAACCGAUCGAACACAUCGAUUCAGACAAGUGGCAGCCAGCAGCAGCAGCAGCAGCAACAGCAGCAGCCAUCGAUGCAAGUGCCUCUGGCCUCGCCAGCAAUAUCCAUGCAGCAAAAGUCAACAGUGCAUUAUAUACAGAAUCCGCAGCUGGCUUCAUACCAAAACCCAAACAACUUGAUACAGGACAUUGCUAAUAGCCAGGUGCAGGUACAGGUCCUCUCGCCAACGGGCACACAGCAGCAACAACAACAGCAACCCAAUGUAGCGCCACAUAUAGUGGUGCCACAGCAGCAACAUCAAAUGGUGCAGCAGUCAAACAUAGCUGAGGCACAGGUCAACCAGCAGCAGCAGCAGCAGCAGCAACAACAGCAAACAGCAGUGGCACAGCAGCACCAGCAGCUGCUGGCACAGCAAAUACCUCAGCAAGUUCAGAUGCAACAGGUUCCGCCGCAGCAAACCAUGCAAUCGGUGAUGCCUCAACAGCAGCAUGAACUUCAGCACCAGCAGCAACAACCACUGGGCGGCGAGCCGCAGAAAAGUCACCAAAUUCCACAGUUGCAGCAACAGCUGCAGCAGCUAAUGCAAACGAAUGUUCAGCCCACGGAAAUGACACAGCAGCAGCAGCCGCAGCAAUAUUUUCAGCAGCCGCAGCCUCAGGUUUCUAUGCAGCAAAUUCCACAUACACAACCACAACAACAGCAUCCGUAUGCGAUGCAGGGGCAACAACAACAACAGCCCAUGUCCCAGCCACAUCCACAAAUUCAAGUUCAUCAGCAAUCCUUUCAACAGCAGCAGGUGCAAGUGCAGCAGGCGGCAGCCUCCACACAGAACCAUCAGCAGCAGCAACAGAUUCUGCAGCAACAAAUUACGCAGCAGCAGCUGCAACAAACGCAGCAGCAAUUACAGCAAAACCAGCAGCAGCAACUGCAGCAGAACCAGCAACAGCUACAGCAGAACCAACAGCAGCAGCAACAACAACACCAACAGCAGCAGUUUGUUCAUCAGCAAUAUCAUGCUCAAUCUCUGCCCCAGCAGCAGCAGCAACAGCAUCAACAACUUCUUGCAGGAGCUCAAGUAAUGGCCCCGCAACAGCAGCAACAGGUGCCCAUGCAAAUACAAGUACAAAUGCAGGUACCGCCAACAUCUGUGGCCCAAACAAUGCAGCAGCAGCAGCAACCAUACCAACAGAGCCAGCAGAUGGCUGUCCCACCAAGUGGGCAAAUGGCUCUCGGUGAUGCUCAACAACAGCAGCCACAGCAACAGCAUGCUUCAUUUGCGACAGUCUCCGUGCAGCAGCAACAAUUUAUGCAGCCGCAAUCCAUGCAACUAUCAUUGCCCCUGGAGCAACAAUUACAGCAGCUUCUGCUCAGUCAGCAGCAGUCGCAGCAGCAGCAACAGCAGCAGGCACAGCAGCAGGCACAGUCGAUGGUUCACCAGCAACAGCAGCAGCAGCAACAACUAACAGAGCAACAUGUUCAGGCACAGGCACAGGCACCGCCGCAGAUGCAGAUGCAUAUUCAGAUUCAGCCGCAGAACCCACAGGCACAGCCUGUAGGCCAGGAGCAAGUUGCUGUCACUGAGUCAAUUGUAACGCCAGUCAACAGCCUUCAACUAAAUCUUGAAGCUACGACAAAAGCUGAUCCACAAUUAACCACGGAAGCAGAGAAACAACAAAGGCAGCAGAGCGCAAAUCGCUCGCAAAAACCCAGACGCUCCAAUCGGAGUGGCAACGAACGGAUCCCAAAACUAAGUGUCACUAGUGUGGAUGAGGGUAGCGUCAUCAACUGCCACAUGGAGAACAAGCUAAAGACCAUAACAUUCAAAUUCGAUAUUGGAGAUGUUAAUCCCGUUGAAAUUGCCAAUAAAUUGAUCGCCCAAGAUUUGCUUUCGAAUUGUCAAAGCACAGUAUUUGUGGAAAUGAUUAAUGAAAUUGUUGAUCAGGUCAAACAAAAUCCCAAUCAAAUUCCAAUACCAACUAACUAUCGCCGCAAUAUUGAAAAGGUCCGUCACGCGUCUCUAACUCGACAGCGUUCCACGUUUAGGUCACACCAAAGACAUAGAUCUCGGGAUGAAACCGCCAGUGACAUUACCAAGAUGUUUGAACCGACCAUACAUGGCAUUGAGAACUUACCAUCUGGCAGUGGAUCUGGCGGAGGAGGAGCAGCAACCACUGAAACGAUAAACACAACCAAUCAGACUAGCGAGGCUAGAUCACAUACUUCGAUGCUGGCCAAUAUGGAUCAACCGCCGAACAUUGGAACGCCGCCGAAUACAGCUUCAACGAUGUCAUCGUCUUCAACGGCUUCACGGGAUGCGGGCAAUGGCAGCAACGACGUAACCAUUGGGUCCGGUUCGGUGUCACGUAAGACAAGCACAGCUUCGGAGUACACAUCGCUAUCCAUUGACUAUAUGCCUGAUAACAAUAUAACGCCAACGGGUAACGAUACGCUGGGCGAUGCACUGGCCAAAGAUAACUCGCAGAGUGUGCAACAAAUUGCACGCGGACAUGCCAUAACCCGCAUGCAAAAGCUGUUGGAGUCGGCUGGUGGUACAGCAACGCCACGAAGCCUGAAUCUGCCAUUGAAUCGGCACUUGAACAUCCAAGAGGACCUCAAGCACACCAGGAGUUUGGGAGACUUGAGCGGUGUCAAGAUUACGUUUGAUAUGCCCAGCAGAGAAACGAAAGAGCCAGCUGAGGACAACAGUCACCAAGAGACGGCAGUGGAAACGGAAAAGCCCAAAGAUAAAUCCGCUGGGCAGCAGUCAACGGCAGUGCAAGGCACCGGCGCAGGCGCAGCCAACACAUUGGAGCAACUAAAGAUCGAACUGGAAAACAUAACACAUGCGCACGCGUUUGCCUCCGCUGUGGUGGCAUCCAUUAGUACACGUACCCCACAUCAGGCAUCACCAGCAAUUUCAUCUUUAACAGCCACAACUGGCCAGCAAGAGAUAAACAAGUCUAGUAAUGCUGUGGGCGCUAGUGGAUCGGCAGUUUCAGUUGGCCAAAAUGCUUCUGGCUCCUCGGUCUACAAUUCUCGGCGAGCUUCUAUGGACAACAGCAUGGGCUCCGAUAUCCAGUUGCAUGGCACUCCCUCCUCCAUUAUUGAAGGACCCGCCACCAGCUCAGAUCCCACACCAACUGAGGCGUCUGCGACUGGUAUUAUCGUACCCGGCAGCACGACAGCUGAGAAGCAACUUUCGAAGCAGGGCAGCUUGGACAAGGCGCCGAAUACGUCCAUUACUGUGGCCACCGCCAAUGAUGUGCCGCAAAGAAAUCCCAGCAACGGAUCGCUGAAUCAAAACUCUAUAGCAGAUUUAGAAAAGAAAUUGGCAGCGUUGCGGAAUACGGACAAUGCAGAAGAGGUAGGACAGCCACAGCAGCCGCAAACGAACGCCACAUUGACAGUGGGUCCGAAGCCAUCGGCUGAUGAGACAGCGACAACACAUCCAAGCGCCCGUAAAGUGUCGCGAUUUAGUGUCAGUCGAGUGCAGGAGCAGAAAUCUGCAGCAGCCGCUGAGGAAAGUUUGCAGAAUCAACUAAAGAUCGAUUUGUCGUCGGCAUUGGGCCCUGGUGGCCAGGGUCAGACACAGAAUAAUACCACAAAUAGCUCUGUGCAAAAUGGCAGUAUGGUGAAUACGCCCACAGAACUCAUCAACUCCCCGAUACAAAAUGUUCCGCUGGCCAUUAACGGAAUACAGUUGAUUUACCAACAGCAGCAGCCACAACAGCAGCAGCAGAUGCAAAAUAUGGUUAAUAGCGGCAUAAAUGUAGUGCCACAAGUGAUGACACAAAACGGCACACAAGUGACACUCACUGGCAUUCAGCAGCAGCCACAGCCACAGCAGCAACAGCAACUUGUGCAUCCUAAUAUGCCACAACAGACACCGUCCAGUGUCCAUCCUCAGAUGAUGAAUACUCUACAGCAGCAGUCGGUGGCGCAUCAGCAACCAAUUUUGACCCAGCAGCAACCAAUGAUACUGCAACAGCAGGGGUCACAGCAGUUUACUCUACCAGCAACGCAACAGAAUCAUGCACCUCAACAGUUUAUGCAGAUGCAACAGAAUCAACUUCAUUCCCUACAGCCGCAGGUUGUGGGCAUGUCCCAGGGAAUGCAGCAACAGCUUACUGCCAUGCAGUCAAUGCAGUCGGCCCAGCACCAGAUGGUGGCACAACAGCAGCAGCAGCAGCAGCAACAACAACAGCAGCAGCAACUGCAAAUGCAAAUGCAAUCGCAGCAACAGCAGCAGCCGCAACAGAACGUUGCAGGAAUGUAUAAUCAACAGAAUGCUAAUUGUGGAACGAACCAACAAGGCUUCCAUGCUGGUGUUCCCAAUCAUCUGCUGCAACAGGCGACUUUGAUGGGAUCCCAGCAGCCCACGCAGCCAUUGCAGCAUGUUAUGCAGCCGCUUUUUAAUGUAUCUCCCGGUGAAGUUGCUGAAGAGCCUGUAUCUCUAGCUGCAACGCAUCCACAUUUAUUGCCCAGCGAUAUACAAUCUGAUAUAAAACACAAUUUGGACUCGUUGGUCAAUCAAUUGUGUAAUACACGCUUGGGCACCAAUCAACAUCAGCGACUGUUGCUGUUGCGCCAGAGACAGCUGAUCGAAGAGGACGAAUUGCGCUUGAAACAUUAUGUGGAAUACGAAAAGUUUCAAAAAUCUCUGCGCCAAUCUUUAAGCACAAACGUUCCAGCGACUACGACAUACUUUUCAGCACCUCCUGCUGCACAGCUUCCAACUAAUCUAAAAGCACCAGCUCCGCCCACAGCAAAUCCGACAUCCACAAGUUCUGUAAACACAUAGCUGCGCUAAAAUGUUGUUUUGCUUCAUUCAUUCGCCUUUGACAAAGCCAUCUCACGCGACUAACAACAGCCAUUUCUAUGUUCUCGGCACCAAUAUAAUUGGUCUGUGUGUGUGUUGUGUGUGUGUGAUGAGAUGAGAUGAUCUGGCGGUAGAAAUUAAGUAAAAAGGUAUAUAUUGUGGGAUUGUCUGUAAAUAUUAGUCAAACGCUUUUAGUUCAUAUGCCAUUGUUUCAUAUUCUUCUUUCUUUCCUUCUGUACACUUUUGAUUUGAUUUAACGUAACCUUGUUCUUGGUUUUCUUUUAUUGUUU